AUGUUCAAGAUCCCUUGCACCUACAACGUCGCCCCGAAGAAGCGCGGCGUCCAGACCGGCCUGAUCCGAACCCUGGAGCUCGCCCUUGUCUGGCUGUUUGACCAGGUUCCCGGAACAGAAGACAAGCUGGCCGCUCUGCUGGCUCAAGAAGGCGGGAGCGGACAGUCUCUCUUGCUGGAUAAGGACAGCGACGCCGGUAAUCGCCUUCACAAGAGGUGGAGGAGGUGUCGAGUUCACAAAGACAUUGACCGACUCCUCUCCGGCAAAGACGGCGUAAGUCCACGCCAGGACACAUCUGGCGACGACUCGGACGCAGAUGCCGACGCCCGCAACAAGCGCAACGGCGACACUCCCCCAGACGGCACCGAACCCUCUCCUCAACCGACCGCCACCGAUCCGAAAUCAGAAGCCACUCCAACGGAACCUGCCCCAAGGCACCGUCAUGCAUCGACAUCUCGGCGAAGGUUCAAGCUGCCAAGAAACUUUCCUCGGUUACUCUCAGUGUAUUACUCCUAUACCCACAGCUGGAUUCCAAUAUUGAACCCAAAGGAAUCGCUCGACAGCACGGCGGCUUCCUAUCCACCCGACGGUUUCGAUAUUGACCCAGAAGACUCCAGCACCAGCGCGGCACACGCUGAACUCUGGUGUGCUCUUGCUGUUGGGGCUUUCCAGGAUGCAACUUCGUCAUAUAGUUCAGGGGGGCCCGAACCUCCGGACCGGCCCAGCCUGAUACUAGCAGCUGCGCGCAGCCUUAUACCGGUCGAGACUGAGAUGGCUCUGGGCCACGUGAAGGCCCUACUUGUAUUGUCAUUAGUCAAGUUGGGCCAGGACAAUGCCGGAGCAGCCUCUCUACUCAUAGGUCUGGCCGUCCGAGGCGGCAUGGCCUUGACGGACAGACAAGCCCGAGACAGGCACCGUGACUCCUUUUCGGGCCACUCGACAUCUUCGACGGAUGAUUCAUAUUCCAACUCUCUGGACCGUGUCCUGAAAACCUGCCUCAUGCUCGAUACCAUAGUAUCUCUGAGGCUUGGCCAAACACCUCACAUGAGAACAAACGAUAUGAAGGAGAAGACUACAGAAGAGACGGGACCCGAGGAAUGGGCUCCGUGGGUGCCCCGGGCUGGAUUCGGAACCGGGAAUGCCGAGGGCGCCGCCCAGCCCGUGCAGUCCUUGAGUUCGUUCAAUCAGCUCUACCAGUUCUUCCGCACUCUGAAUCAGGCCGUUGAGUCGGGGAGUGCAGGUCCCAAGAUCGGCGCCGCGAAUCUUGUUCAAGCACUCGAUCCCCGUUUCUCGUUUUGCAAUUCUGUAGUCUUCGGAGCCUCGACGAUACCCAUACUGCCCUCGGCCUUUCUGAUACAGGCCACCUUCCUUAGUGCAACGCUGACUCUGAUGGCCGAUGCUCGGGUCUCUCUGAUAUGGAGCCUGAUGGAGGUCCUGGAGAGCUCCAUCUCUUACUUUGGCGCAGCCGGCGUCUCGCCGCUCCUCGUCACCUAUAUGAGCAUUGCUAGCACUAAAACCUGCGUCCGCGCUCUCCGGGACGAUGACAAGACCCGGUGGAACUCGCUGAUGGUAGAUCUCAUGUCAGUUUGGCAAGAUCGGACGUCAAAUAGGGAACAUUCCCCCUUGGACGCGGAACAGAGCGAUCAAACGCCAACACGCGUCGAGUCUGCAACCCCGCAGCUUGCCCGGCAGGCGGCUUCUGUUCGACGAAACUCCCAAUACCCGUUUCCUAUGAACCCGAACUCUUACCACCCCAACAGCAGCGGCUUUCUACAGACGGCCUCUUCCGCUAGUCCUUCGACGGCGAGAACGAUGCCCUUCACUCCCGGGAGCCAGUUGGAUACGUUCCCUUCGGGCUUCAUGGGGCACCUGCCCUCCGCCCAGGCAUCCUACCUGAUGGGACAAGGGGCUCACGGCGUUGAUUACGAUGCCAUCAUGGAUGAACUCGCUUCCAUCGACUGCACGGAUAGCAUGGAGAGCGACCCGCAGUUUAUGGCCAAUCUCGGCUUCGCUCCAGGAUCAGACUUAACUGACAUGCUCCGAGGGGAGUAUGGUGGGAUGUGA